GGGUCGCCUCCGGGCAUUCCUCGCCGCUCCCGCUCUGGCCCUGGAGACAGCGACCUGAGAGUAGCGACUCCGGUUUGGGCGUCAUGUCUGACAAGCGGCCAUCAGCAGAAGCCCAAGCCCGGCGGCUUCCCGACUCCUUCACGGAUAGACCCAGUGCAGGCCUGGGACCUUGUGGAUGGAUUUUGGUGGCUGUAUCAUUCUUGUUCACAGUUUUAACUUUCCCGUUGUCAGUAUGGAUGUGCAUAAAGAUCAUAAAAGAAUAUGAAAGAGCCAUCAUCUUUAGACUGGGUCGCAUCUUACAAGGAGGCGCCAAAGGACCUGGUUUGUUUUUUAUUCUGCCAUGCACUGACAGCUUCAUCAAAGUGGACAUGAGAACUAUUUCAUUUGAUAUUCCUCCUCAGGAGAUCCUCACUAAGGAUUCAGUGACAAUUAGUGUGGACGGCGUGGUCUACUACCGCGUUCAGAACGCUACCCUGGCUGUGGCGAACAUCACCAACGCUGACUCAGCAACCCGUCUUUUGGCACAAACGACUCUGAGGAACGUCCUGGGCACCAAGAACCUUUCCCAGAUCCUCUCCGACAGGGAAGAAAUUGCACACAACAUGCAGACUACUCUGGAUGAUGCCACUGAUGACUGGGGAAUAAAGGUGGAACGCGUGGAAAUUAAGGAUGUGAAGCUCCCUGUGCAGCUCCAGAGAGCCAUGGCGGCCGAAGCAGAGGCGUCCCGGGAGGCCCGAGCCAAGGUCAUUGCAGCUGAGGGAGAAAUGAAUGCAUCCAGGGCUCUGAAAGAAGCCUCCAUGGUCAUCACCGAAUCUCCUGCUGCCCUUCAGCUCCGCUACCUUCAGACACUGACCACCAUCGCUGCUGAGAAAAACUCGACAAUCGUCUUCCCCCUGCCCAUAGAUAUGCUGCAAGGCAUCAUGGGGGCAAAACAGUGAGCCAUGCAGGCCGAUGCCGAGAUGAGCUCUUCCCUCCUAAGGAUGAAGUGGGGACCAAACCAGCCUUUAACCCAUAAGGAGGGAAUAGGGCGGGAACCUUGACUUUCCUCCCUCCCUUCCUCUUUCCGUAUGUUGAGUGUGAUGUUCUUAGAACGUGUAGUGCUCCUAGCCACAGAUGAAGGUUGUUAGCUUGUAAAUACUAUGUGAGAGUGAUGAUUUAUGUAAGGUAAUCUCUCACUCUAAAAUACUUAAAAGUUCGUAUUUUUAGAUUGUUAUGCGAUAGGUUAAAUCCAUCUUCUUUCGAAUCUCAUUGAGUCAUUCUGUGCCCUCUGUCAGCAGCCAGGCCAAAAGUAGGAAGGCAGACUAUCAUCCCAACCUGACACCCUGGCUGGACAAAUGUUUUGUAGAGAACAGUGACCUCGGGCUACAACCAGCUUCUCUGGGCCACAUGUGCCUUACUUCCGGGGAAUCUCAGCUAAGGCAAUUUUCCUAACAUCAGUUUACCUUCUAAACUCAAAUUGCCCUCCCCCCCCG